CAACUGUGUGAACGAGGGCUGCUGAAGCAGCAUAUAUGUUUUUGCCUAUCGGGCGACACACUAUAUGGUCACAUUGUUCACACAAAUUGCAUUUCGCAUUGUCCGUCUCCGUCGUCGUUUUCACACGCUGCUCUUUUCUGGAAUUGGAAUAGUUCAGUGCAGCGGUCCAGAGCCAGGGAUCGAAUCGACAUCCACAUUGCCUUGCCACUCCGAAUCGCAACGCUCCCGCUUCACAACGCAGCCAUCAUCAUCACAUCACAGUUGCGCCCGUACGUACGCCGUCGUACCGUACCGUACACAACGUACACACCGUUCAGUUCACCUCAGACCGGAGGAAUAAGCUAAAGCAAUCAAAAUUAACGCGGAGACAACCUCUGAGCGACGCAGACGCGAACGCCGCUUCUACUACAAAGCGAUGGCGAUGUUGACCUCAGAAGAGGCGAGCAAACUCCUCGACUUCUCGCAGAAGCUCGACAUCAAUCUGCUCGAUAAGAUUGUCGAGGUGGUAUACGCAUCGCAGGGCGAUCAGCUGCGCCUGGCCCAAGACAUACUGACCACACUCAAGGAGCAUCCGGAGGCAUGGACGCGCGUCGAUAGCAUUCUCGAAUAUUCACAGAACCAGCAAACAAAGUUCUAUGCCCUCCAAAUACUCGAGGAGGUGAUCAAGACCCGCUGGAAGGUGCUGCCGCGCAAUCAGUGCGAGGGCAUCAAGAAAUAUGUAGUCAGCCUGAUCAUCAAGACAUCCUCCGAUCCCACGGUGAUGGAGCAAAACAAAGUCUAUCUGAACAAACUGAACAUGAUUCUGGUGCAGAUCCUGAAGCGCGAGUGGCCUCGCAACUGGGAGACCUUCAUCAGCGACAUUGUCGGCGCCUCAAAGACGAACGAGAGCCUCUGCAUGAACAAUAUGGUUAUACUGAAGAAUCUAAGCGAGGAGGUUUUCGACUUCUCGCUGGGCCAGAUCACGCAAACCAAGGCCAAGCAUCUGAAGGACACCAUGUGCUCAGAGUUCUCGCAAAUCUUUACGCUCUGUUCGUUUGUGCUGGAGAACUCUAUGAACGCUGCCCUGAUCCACGUCACACUGGAGACCCUGCUCCGAUUCCUCAACUGGAUUCCGCUGGGCUACAUAUUCGAGACGACGCUCAUUGAGACGCUGAUAUUCAAGUUUCUCACCGUGCCCAUGUUCCGCAAUGUGACACUGAAGUGCCUGUCCGAGAUCGCCGGCCUCACGGCGACCAACUACGAUGAGAACUUUGCGACGCUAUUCAAGGACACGAUGGUCCAGCUCGACCAGAUCAUUGGCCAGAACAUGAACAUGAAUCAUGUGUUCAAGCACGGCACCGACACCGAACAAGAGCUGGUGCUGAAUCUGUCCAUGUUCCUGUGCACCUUCCUCAAGGAGCACGGCAAGCUGGUGGAGGAUGCCAAGUAUGUUGACUUCCUGAAUCAGGCCCUCAUGUACUUGGUGAUGAUUAGCGAGGUGGAGGAUGUGGAGGUGUUCAAGAUCUGUCUCGAGUACUGGAAUAGUCUCGUCGAGGAUCUGUACAAUUCGGAGUUCUUCCACCCGACCCUCGAGUCGUCGAGGCGCCAGCAAGUGUAUCCGCGGCGGCGCUUCUAUGCCCCCAUUCUGUCCAAGGUGCGCUUCAUCAUGAUUUCACGCAUGGCCAAGCCGGAGGAGGUCCUGGUGGUGGAGAACGAGAACGGCGAGGUGGUGCGCGAGUUCAUGAAGGACACAAACUCAAUUAACCUGUACAAGAACAUGCGCGAGACUCUCGUCUUUCUGACCCACUUGGACUGCGUGGACACGGAUCGCAUCAUGACGCUGAAGCUACUCAAUCAAGUGAAUGGCACAGAAUUCUCCUGGAAGAACCUCAACACGCUGUGUUGGGCCAUUGGCUCUAUUUCCGGUGCAUUUUGUGAAGAAGACGAGAAGCGUUUUCUGGUCACUGUGAUCAAGGAUCUGCUGGGUCUGUGCGAGCAAAAAAAGGGCAAGGACAACAAGGCCAUCAUUGCCUCCAACAUCAUGUAUGUGGUGGGCCAGUAUCCGCGCUUCCUGCGGGCCCAUUGGAAAUUCCUGAAGACUGUGGUAAACAAACUGUUUGAAUUUAUGCACGAGACACACGACGGCGUGCAGGACAUGGCCUGCGAUACGUUCAUUAAGAUCGCCAUCAAGUGCCGUCGCUAUUUUGUCACCAUCCAGCCAAAUGAGGCAUGCACAUUCAUUGACGAGAUUCUCAGCACAAUGAGCAGCAUCAUCUGUGAUCUGCAGCCGCAGCAGGUGCACACCUUCUACGAAGCUGUCGGCUAUAUGAUCUCCGCACAGGUGGAUCAGGUGCAGCAGGACGCGCUGAUCGAACGCUAUAUGCAGCUGCCCAAUCAGGUCUGGGACGACAUCAUAUCGCGAGCAUCGAAAAAUGUUGAUUUUCUGAAGAACAUGACGGCAGUGAAGCAGUUGGGCAGCAUUCUGAAAACUAAUGUGGCCGCCUGUAAAGCUCUGGGCCAUGCGUAUGUCAUUCAACUGGGGCGCAUUUAUCUGGACAUGCUGAACGUGUACAAGAUCACAUCGGAUAACAUUAUCCAGGCGAUCGAGGUGAAUGGUGUCAAUGUGAACAAUCAGCCACUGAUCAAGACCAUGCAUGUGGUCAAAAAAGAGACUUUAAACUUGAUAGCCGAAUGGGUCUCGCGCUCCAAUGACAAUCAGCUAGUAAUGGACAACUUCAUACCGCCCUUGCUAGACGCUAUAUUACUAGACUAUCAGCGCUGUAAAGUACCAUCGGCACGCGAGCCAAAAGUCCUGAGUGCGAUGGCCACAAUUGUUCAUAAACUGCGCCAGCAUAUCACCAAUGAAGUACCAAAAAUAUUCGAUGCCGUCUUCGAGUGCACACUGGAUAUGAUCAAUAAGAAUUUCGAAGAUUUCCCCCAGCAUCGGCUCAGUUUCUAUGAGCUACUGCAGGCGGUCAAUGCGCACUGUUUUAAGGCGUUCCUCAACAUACCGCCGGCACAGUUCAAACUGGUCUUUGACUCUGUGGUGUGGGCCUUUAAGCACACAAUGCGCAAUGUCGCCGAUAUGGGAUUGAAUAUACUCUUUAAGAUGCUGCAAAACCUGGAAAUGCAUCCGAAUGCGGCGCAGAGUUUCUAUCAGACAUAUUUCACGGAUAUUCUUAUGCAAAUCUUCUCAGUGGUGACGGACACCUCACACACGGCCGGACUGCCGAAUCAUGCCAUCAUUUUGGCGUACAUGUUUUCGCUGGUGGAGAAUCGCAAGAUUACAGUGGACCUGGGACCCAUUCCAGAUAAUAUGAUAUUCAUACAGGAGUAUGUCGCAUCGCUGCUGAAGUCGGCCUUCAAUCAUCUAUCCGAUAAUCAGAUUAAAGUCUUUGUCACUGGCCUAUUCAAUUUGGACGAGAAUGUGCAAGCAUUUAAGGAGCAUUUGAGAGAUUUUCUCAUACAGAUUCGCGAGGCCACUGGUGAGGAUGAUUCCGAUUUGUAUCUGGAGGAGCGCGAGGCAGCCCUGGCCGAGGAGCAGUCCAACAAGCAUCAGAUGCAGCGGAAUAUUCCAGGCAUGUUGAAUCCUCACGAAUUACCCGAGGAUAUGCAGGAUGAAUAGAGAGUGUCCGGAUGAUGUGCCCCCCAAUUAGCAUGUUUUAGUUGAUGCUUGAUUGAGAACGAUUCAGAUUCAGAUUCAGAUACAGAUGAAUAUUCAGUUGAUGACAAUGAUUGACGUAUGAGUGUUUCUCCAUCGAGAGAGAGUAUAGAUGUUUGUUUGAUUGAAUGCAUAUAAGUACGUUAUAUAUAUAUAUA